GAUGCGUGCUGUCGAGGCGAAGAAUGCCAACAUCUCACUGCCAAGAUUGAUUUGGGCACUUUCAUCGAUCAACUUGCUCACAGGCAAGUUUGAAUUUGCCGUGGCCAAGACUGCAAUUUUCGGGUCCUUCUUCAGAGCUGCGGCUAUACAUGCGGCUGCCAGGCGCGUUUUUCCUGUACCUGGGGGCGCCUGCUGGUAAUGUAG